AUGGUGCCAGAUCAUCAAGUGUCUGAAUCACACUCUCCUUUCCUCACCUCUAUGGAAGGGACUGUCAAUGAAACAAACUGGAGCGUUUCCGUGCCUGCUGGAAGCAGGUAUCACCUCUACAUUGGCUUGGCUUUGGCAAUAGGUUCCAGUAUCUUUAAUGGUUCUAGUUUCAUACUGAAGAAAAAAGGACUUUUGAAACUGGCAGACAGAGGAGUCACCCGAGCUGGACAAGGUGGAUAUUCUUAUUUGAAGGAAGGGCUUUGGUGGGCUGGACUGCUAUCAAUGGGAUUAGGAGAAGCUGUAAACUUUGCUGCCUAUGCGUUUGCACCUGCAACCUUAGUUACCCCACUGGGUGCACUGAGUGUUCUCAUAAGUGCUAUAUUGUCAUCCUAUUUUUUAAAUGAGAAGCUGAAUAUUCACGGAAAGCUGGGCUGUGUACUGAGUAUUUUGGGGUCAACGGUCAUGGUUAUUCACGCCCCAGAGGAGGAAGAGGUCACCUCACUAGAUGAAAUGGAAAGAAAGCUGCAAGAUCCAGCAUUUGUCACAUUUGCUGUUCUCAUAACAGUUGUUGCCGUUGUCCUGAUUUUUGUCGUGGCUCCAAAGAGAGGUCAGACAAACAUAUUGAUCUACAUUUUAAUUUGCUCGCUCAUUGGUGCCUUCUCCGUCUCAUCUGUGAAAGGCCUGGGCAUUGCCAUUAAACAAAUGCUGGAGCAGAAGCCAGUUUAUCGGCAUCCGCUGGUUUACAUUUUGGUGGGCAUCUUGGUGCUCUCAGUCAGCACUCAGAUCAACUACCUCAACAAAGCAUUGGAUGUGUUCAAUACAUCUCUAGUGACACCUAUUUAUUACGUGUGUUUCACUACGACAGUUCUGACAUGCUCCAUCAUCUUGUUCAAGGAGUGGAAUAGUAUGCAAGUGGGUGAUAUCAUUGGAACCCUGAGUGGAUUCUGCAGUAUCCUUAUUGGCAUUUUCCUAUUGCAUGCUUUCAAAAAUACUAACAUCACUUGGAAUCAGUUGAUGUCCACUGUUGCCAAAGAACCAUCACUACCACACCGUAAAUACAAACCCCGUGACACUUUACUAGAGAGCAUGGAAGAUCCAGCUUUGGCAUAUGAGGAGGAUGACAUUUUAUUCAGUCAAUGAAACUCUCUAA